AUGACACCCCGCCCCUACGCGACUGUACUCAUUACGCUCACUGUAUUGCUGUGUACUACGAAUGGAAUCGUUAAGCUGAGGCGACAAGACACGCUCGGGAAGACGAAGCUCAUAAAGGAAGCCAAAUUCUCCAACAUUUCCCUGCCGUCGUCAAAUGGAACGGCUCGGAAUAGCUAUAUGGGCGUCAGUCUGCUCCUGGUUGGGGAUUACGCCCUCUACAGGAAUUUUGUAGACAUUGCUGGGGACGAGGACGGGGGACUACGGUAUGCUACGGAGUAUUUGACCGCCAUCUUCGAGCAGGUCCGCGCAAUCUAUGACGACAUGGAAUUCUCGUUCGGGAAACUUCAUUUACAGCUAGCCGGUACUUUUGUAGCCAUUCGUCCUGCCGAUUGUCCAUUACUACAGCCUGACGAUCAAGCCCCGAUCGAAAUGGACGGGAAUAUCACAUUGGAGGAUUUGGAUGGGGAUGAUGAGGGAAGCCUGCUCCAACAAUACAAAGGUCCCGAGGCCCUGUCAAAGAUUUUUGGGUGGAAAAAGCGGCACGAGGAUUUGCUGCCAGUUCACGAUCACACGAUGCUGUUGACAAAACUCGACCUCCUCUCCUGGUCCGGCUCAGAUUCCUCUCAAGGGAUGGCACCACUUGCCGCGCUUUGCAAAGGAGGGGAAUCUUCCUCGGUCGUUGAGGACGUCGGAGCGAUGGCCACCGCCAUCAUAGCUGCUCACGAAUUGGGGCACAACCUCGGCGCUUCUCACGAUCACCCAAAUCUAACCGAGGAAUGCCAUCAGCAUCAUACAUUUCUGAUGGCACCCUCAGUCUCCGUCAAGGUCGACGACGCGCGCUUCUUCAACGUACGCAGGCUAAGCCCUUGUAGUAGAAGUGACGUCGAGGAAUAUCUAAGCCGUCCAGAGGCCUUCUGCGUCCGGAAGAAAAGCAGAAGACGCGUCUCCGCCCCAAACCCACUGACGGACUCAUUUCCGGGGGAGCGCUGGAGCGCCUCCCUACAGUGCCAGCUGGCGUUUGGCAAGGGCUAUGGGCUGUGUACGAAGCCCGAGUACAAAGAUCUGGGCGGAGAUCCUUGCCGGCGAGUCUGGUGUAAAGACCGUCAACAGGACUGGGACGGACCGUGCGAGACGUUGCCCUUCUUCCCGGCGUUGGAUGGGACACAGUGUGGAAUGAAUAGGUGGUGCCAAAAGGGACACUGUAUCGACAAUGCGAAGAAAAUGCUAGCGUGCAAAGAUCUGAAUGCCGACCUAUGUCGAAAAUAUUCAAAAUCAAAGCUGCGGCACUACUGCAACGCGAAGGAUUUCUCGGAGAUUUGCUGUCUCACUUGUCACAAAGCGAAAAAGGAGAUUUCCCUGGAGAGA